AGUUUUCUUAAAAUAUUUUCUGGAAAAUUACUCCAAUUCUUCUUCCAUUGUUACUGAAACUCCUUCCUCAUAUGAUUUCCUAAAUAAAGCACAAGUUUUAACAUCAUAAAUACUUGAUGUUAAGAACAAUGUUCAAUAGCAACAUGAUGUUAUCACCUGUUUUGCAAUGGUGUUUUAGACUUACUCAAGCAGUGACCCUAAAAAGGAAGUAGCUAGUACAAAACUAUCUGAGCCAGUGGCUGUACCACCAACUGUUAUUGAAACUCCUUUAACAACUAAACCAUUGAAGGAGACUAAAGAGCCCAUUCAAACUACUACUGCCACCAGUGAUCAAGUCAUCAAGUCAUCGCCACCUCCUUCAAUGAUUGCUAAGACAAUGAUUCUUCCAAAGACUAAAGAACCCAUUCAAGCUACUGCUCCCACCAGUGAUCAAGAACUCAUCAAGUCAUCAUCACUGCCUCCUUCAAUUACUGCUGAGACAAAGAUUCUUCCAAAGACUCACUUAAGCCGUGACCCUAAAAAAGAAGUAGCUAGUACAAAACUAUCUGAGCUAGUGGCUGUACCACCAACUGUUAUUGAAACUCCUUUAACAACUAAACCAUUAAAGGAGACUAAAGAACCCAUUCAAACCACUACUGCCACCAGUGAUCAAGAAGUCAUCAAGUCAUCGCCACCUCCUUCAAUGACUGCUGAGACAAUGAUUCUUCCAAAGACUAAAGAACCCAUUCAAACUACUGCUCCCACCAGUGAUCAAGAACUUAUCAAGUCAUCAUCACCGCCUCCUUCAAUUGCUACUGAGACAAAGAUUCUUCCAAAGGUAAUUUUCUUUCCUUCCUUGUAUGAUUUCCUAAACAAAGCACAAGUUUUAACAUCAUAAAUAUUUGAUAUUAAGAGUAAUGUUCAAUAGCAAUAGCAAGUUACCACCUAUUUUGUAAUGGUGUUAUAGAUGUUUGUUUAUAGGUUUUUAUGCAUGAACUAUUAUUUGUUGCUGAUUUUCUAAACAUUUUAUAUUGUCGCAAGGGUUUUGUGGUCGCCGGACGAAUUCUCACUAAAGUGGGAAAAGUUAGGAGUCGCCACUUUAAUUUUGAGGGAAAUUAAAGAAAACCAUUUGUAAAGAUUAGAACCACUUUGAAAACAGAUAUUAUAGGUUCGAGGUCCGUAUACGGGUGGGGAAGGUGUUAGGCACCCCACCUCGUCCCUCAAUGAGGGUAAGCAGAUUUAAUGUUGUGCUCUUUAUAAAUUAAAAUUGAUAAUUAAGGGGUGGAAAGAUAAUGUUAAUCCUUUGUGCGGAUAAAAGGGAUAUUUGAUGUUUCACUAUUUUGGGUUGCCUAAGAACACGAGUACAUGAGAUAACCCGUCAGUGAAUAAGUGUUGUAUAAUGGGUUUUUGUUGGGGGUUAAUUCGAACAUUGAAGUUGUGAUAUUUUAGUUUGGAUUUGAACUAAGAGAAUUCAGGUAAGAACACUCUCCCGAUCUCUUAAUGUAUUAUGUUUAAAAUUUAGGCAGAGGAUUUCAGGUAAGAACUCUCUCCCGAUCUCUACAUAUUUUAUUAAUAUUUUGUCCGAGAACUCGAGUAAGAAUUCGCCCCCCAAUCUCUUAGUGUAUUAAGAAUUUUAAGUUGAUAACUCGGGUAAGAAUUCUCCCCCAAUCUCUUAGUGUAUUAUGAAUUUUAAGUUGAAAACUCAGGUAAGAACUCUCCCCCGAUCUCUUAAUGUAUUCCGUUAAAGAUUAGACUGAGUUCAGGUAAGAACUCUCCCCCGAGCUCUUAAUGGGUUGCGUUAAAAUUUAAACUGAGUUCGGGUAAGAACUCUCCCCCGAACUCUUAAUAUGUUGCGUUAAAUUUCUAAAAAAUUACUCCAUUUUUUCAGUCUUUACUGAAACUCCUUUACAACUAAACCUUUGAACCAGACUAAAGAACCCAUUCAAACUAUUGCUCCCACCAGUGAUCAAGAACUUAUCAAGUUAUCAUCACCGCCUCCUUCAAUUGCUGCUGAGACAAAGAUUCUUCCAAAGGUAAUUUUCUUUCAUUCCUUGUAUGAUUUCCUAAACAAAGCACAAGUUUUAACAUCAUAAAUACUUGAUAUUAAGAGUAAUGUUCAAUAGCAACAGCAAGUUACCACCUGUUUUGUAAUGGUUUUAUAGACAUUUGUUUAUAGGUUUUUAUGCAUGAACUAUUAUUUGUUGCUGAU